AUGGCCCAAGGCACGAGCAAGACCAAGCAGAGGGUACCCAUGGAGAAAUUCCUUAACAAGGCCAGGAAUACUUUUCUCGGCACCAAUCCUCCACUUAUUUACAAUAGCGUGGAAAGGGAUCGACGGGAUCAGACGAGAGCCUUCUAUUAUGAUUCAGGUCAGCAAAACCCCCUGGCUUUGUCGGAUAUUGCGUCAGUAGUCAAGAGAAAUGGUCAGGAAAACGCCACCGUGAUCGUCAUUGAGAACAUCGAUUCGAACUGGAGAGUCGAGUUGAGCAGGAUAUUUGAUAUCGAUGCAACUUUUUUCGAUGAGCAUGCCUUGAAUCCAGAAGGACCUUCCCCUUGGCAAGCAGUCUUUGGACCCAAGCAAAUAAAGCCCACACAGAGGAUCAGUCAUACUUCACGCCAAUCAACAAAGUUCACCACAACAAUAUCUUGGCAUGUGGAUGGAGUAUUCUCAUGGGAGUCUUCAGAAAAUAGUCAAGUUAACCCGAAGACGUCUCGCAUGGAGGACCCCAACUUCAACCAGCGUCGCCUCGAAUACGACCACCAAUAUGGAUGGCAAUCGAACACACGGCUUUCGCACUAUAUAUUCCUCGUGGACGCACCAAUGAAAACUGCGUCGCCAUUCUUCUCGCCUAUUGGCAGUAGAGACACCCUGCGUCUUCCUCUUUCUAACAGCCGUGGAGGCGUAGAGCUACCAGCGCUACUCAUGCAUUCGAAACACUCCAUAUUCGAUUGUUUAAAGCAAUUCUUCAGUCAUGCAUGGCAUGUCCGUCUUAUCAAGCACCAGGUUAUUUCCGAUGAGACCAUCCUAUACCUCUUAAUUGCGUCUACGUGGAGCUAUAAUCUCCGAGAGAUCGAGCAGAGCAUUAGGCACAUUGCUUUCAACGAGCUUCGUCGUCCUAGAAUCGAAAUCAACGAUAGACUUCUGGAUGAGCGUCAAAACAUUGUGCUCUUACGCCAAGAAGUAGCAGCUGCUCGAAAGUGGAUUCCCACCAGGAUCACAGACGAAUUAAACACAGUCGAAGCUGAGAAAUGUGUGGCCUUCCCUGAUCUCGCCUUGAAGGAAGUUUUUGAAGGGGCUGAAACUACGGACCAGUUUCUUAUGGAUACUUUCCAACUUCUUAUAAGUUCUAUCAGCGUCCUGGACUCCGAGAUCAGCGUUCGACAGAGCUAUUCGGCCCAAAAGCUCACCCAGCUUGCCUUCAUCUUUGUUCCGUUGAAUCUCGUAACAAGCAUAUUUGGCAUGAACCUUGCCGAGAUUAACGGAUCACCAUUGCCUGCAUGGAUAUGUGCUGUAGUGCUCGUUGCUGUCGUAGCAUGCACUGUUGGAGUCUUUGCAGCCUACAAUAAGUGGGAGAAACGUUUGCGUCGCUAG